AUGGAAAAAAUUGUGCAAGAGGAGUUCAAUAAAAAAUUCGUCUUCAGCCUUCUUGCUUUCCUCGUCGUGUUCAUCGCUUCAAAUGUGAGCGCACAGUUCUACAGUCCAUGUGGUUCGUGUGGUGGGUAUGAUUAUGGCUAUCCGUAUCACGGGGGCAAUUUGUAUGGUAGAGGUUUUGGGAUUCCUUAUGAUAGCUAUUAUCCACCUUACUAUGACGAUUAUGGAAGGUAUGGAUAUUAUCCGCCGCAUGGUGGAUACUAUAUGUUACGCUCAAGACAACCCAUGGAAGAUUUGCAGCUUAUGAAGUCUACUGAUGCGGUAAAAAGUUCAUGUUAA